GUAGAUGUUUCGGUAGUAUUGUGAUUGUUGUGUCCAAAAUACAGGGUUUUGUUUGCCUAUUUAAUAUUGCUAAAUCCGAACUGAGAUAAUUAUGCCCGCAACGUUUCAACACUGCAGCAGCUGUUCGUGCGUCCGGUCUGGCAUUCGUUAUUAAUUAAAUCAGCAGCCGCAGCGGCAGCCGUAACAACAGCUGAGUGUGAGCGAGCCAGCGAGUGGGAAUGAGAGAGCAACAGCAGCAGCAGCAGCAGCCCACAUUUGACUUAUACAGCAACAACAAUUGCUGCUACUGCUUCUUCUUAUACAAAGUCAGCCACCAGCCAGAGCUGCAAAACACCGGCACAACAGCAGCGGCAGCAGAGGCAGCGGCAGCAGCAGCAGCAGAAGCAGCAGCGACGCCAACGUCAACGAUUUGUUGGUAAUUAAAAGCAAAAAGAGAACUGAACAACGCAGCAGCAGCAGCGAUCGCAGCAGCGGUCGCAGCAGAGCACAGCCCCCCCUCAAUCGCAGUCGGCCAGUUGUCGGCACAUAACGGAACAGAUUCAAUUCGUGCACUGAUCGCAUCGCAACGCGUCGCGUCGUUUAUAAAAAUAGCAGCACGCCAAAAGAGCGACAGAGAGAGAGAGAGAGAGAGAGAGCGCGCGAGAUUUAACGGUGUGGGGGGAUUAUUGUUGAAUUGGAUUCUGUCGCCAGACACAACUGCGGAUUUGGAUUACAAUUAACAAGAAUAAGAAGAAGAAGCAGAAGAAGAAGAACAACUAAAGUGCGCUGUUGCCGCUGCGCCGUCUGAGAACGUCGCCAAAAUUUCACUCGAUCUAAUGGCCAAAGACGAGGAAGACGACCUGCUGCCCGACAAGGAUGCGGCCAAGGGCUUCUAUGCCAAAUAUGAACCCAAAGAAAUAUUGGGCAGGGGCAUCAGCUCGACGGUGCGACGCUGCAUCGAGAAGGAGACGGGCAAGGAGUUUGCGGCGAAGAUUAUUGAUCUGGGCGCCACAACGGAGGCGGGCGAAACGAAUCCAUAUCACAUGCUCGAAGCAACCAGACAGGAAAUCUCAAUCCUGCGCCAGGUGAUGGGACAUCCCUACAUAAUCGAUUUGCAGGACGUGUUUGAGUCGGAUGCAUUUGUGUUCCUCGUAUUCGAGCUGUGCCCCAAGGGCGAGCUCUUCGACUAUCUGACAUCGGUGGUGACGCUCUCCGAGAAGAAGACGCGCACCAUAAUGCGACAGAUAUUCGAGGGCGUCGAGUAUAUACACGCCAAGAACAUUGUCCAUCGCGACCUGAAGCCGGAGAACAUACUGCUCGACGAGAAUCACAAUGUGAAGAUCACAGACUUUGGCUUCGCCAAGCAGCUGCACGAGGGCGAGAAACUUACAGAUCUGUGCGGCACGCCGGGCUACUUGGCCCCGGAGACGCUCAAGUGCAACAUGUUCGAGGGCUCGCCGGGCUACUCGCAGGAGGUGGACAUCUGGGCCUGCGGCGUUAUUAUGUUCACGCUCCUGGUCGGCUGUCCGCCCUUUUGGCAUCGCAAGCAGAUGGUGAUGCUGCGCAACAUCAUGGAGGGCAAAUAUAGCUUCACCUCGCCCGAAUGGGCCGAUAUUUCAGAGGAUCCCAAAGAUCUGAUACGCAAAUGUCUAGUCGUUGAUCCUGCGCAACGUAUCACCGUCAAGGAAGUAUUAAGACAUCCAUUCUUCAAUCAAAUGGUUCUAAUGAACGAUGCAACAUAUAUGCAGCAACUGCAUUCAAAUACCAGACAAUACCUCAAUUAUCCAGGCAACGUUGCGGGCACUGGUAUCGGUAUCGGUAUCGGUAUCGGUUCAGGUAUCGGUAUCGGUAACGGCCCAAGCUCUAGCCACAAUCAGGCAGCCUUUCGCUAUAACCAGCUGAACAGUGGCAACGCUGGCAGCAGCUCCUCCUCCUACAUAUACUGCAGUGCGCCGCAGAGCUCGUAUUCAUCGAAUCGCCUGCGCGACGUCGCCGCCGCCAGCAGCAGCAGCAGCAGCAGUUACAUUGCCCCGGAUCCGGACAAACAAAAGCUGCAGCUGCAGCUGCAGCAGCAGCAGCAGCAGGAGGCAGCGGGGGGUGGUGGUAAUGUGACAACAGGAACCACAGCAACAACGUCCAAUUCCACCUGCAACACAGCCUCCUCGAUGACCUUGACGGCCACCGUCUACUAUCAACAGCAGCAGCAGCAGUUACAGUUCCAGCAGCAGCAGCAGCAGCAGCAGCAACAGCAGCAGCGCCAGCGACCGCAGGCGGGAACAGUUAUCAAGGCGCGGCAACAGUUGGGCAUCGAUAACGAUAACGAUAAUUAUGAGAGUGCGGCAAAUGCAAAUGCAAAACAUUUAUUGUAUUCAUCAGUGCAGCUGCGGAAACAGAGUCGCUUCAAUGCGCGCAAAAAGUUCCAAUUUGCCAUAUUAGUGAUACGCGCUGUCAUUAGGAUACGCCGCCUGCGCUACACGGCCGAGCCGCUGCAUGUCGAGGAUGCCAUACGCGAUCCGUAUCGCGUCAAGGUGCUGCGCAAGGUUAUCGAUGGCUGCGCCUUCCGCGUCUACGGCCAUUGGGUGAAGAAGGGCGAGGGCCAGAAUCGUGCCGCCCUGUUCGAGAAUACUCCGCGCACCGAGCUCCAUGCGCUCUACAUAAACAAUCUCAGUCGAUAGGAGACGGCCAGCCCACGCACACACUAACGCAACAGUUACUAAAAGAAAAAAAAACUACUAAAAAAUAUAAUAAUAAUAAUUAGAAACAAAAAAAAAACAAAACAAAACAAAACAAGAAAGAGACACCAAAACAA